AUGGCUGGGGCCACGUCGAGUUGGAAAGCAUACAAGGAAGUUAUUAAGCAAGAGUCGGCGGUUCAUGAGCUCUUUCAUCUCCAUAAGAAAUAUGGUGAUAUUGUCCGCGUUGCCCCGAACGAGCUCCAUUUCGGAAGCCCAGGUGCGUUCCACGAUAUCUACCAUAGCAGCAAAAGGUGGGACAAGGAUACGGGUCUUUACCGAACUCCCGGGGUUUCAUCCGGGUCAUUCACAUUUUUGAAGUAUGCUCAGGCAAAGGAACGACGGGAGGUGAUUCUUCCCAUUUUCUCCAAGAAAGCCAUUAAUAGUCUUGAACAUCUCGUCUGGCGAAACGCAAACCGCCUUGCAUCUUCCAUCGCCAAAACCAAUGCAUCAAAAAGUUCCAUCGACCUGCUCUAUGCAUUUCGAUCCUACACUCUUGACACCAUAAUGUGCUUCACAUUCGGCAACUGCGUAAACGCCCUCGAUGCGCCGGCAUUCAGCGACCCUCUGAUUCUAGCCAUGGAUGCUAGCCUUCGUAUGCUGCCCCUCAUGAAAAAUUUCCCCAUGAUCCGAGACCUUAUCUUCGCUGUGCCGCCGGCCUUGGUCAUGCGUCUCAUUCCCAACGCUCAAAAACUAGCCCCACGGCUGUACCAGGUCCGGGAUCUCGUUCAGAAACAGCUCCAAGUCGUCUUAAACUGCCCUUCAAAGCUCGAUACCGUGCCCCACCAGACCCUCUUCCACCGCAUGCUCGACGCUGAAUCAUACCGAAGCAAAGAGGUCCUGAAUCUAACAGAUCUACACGACGAAGGCUUCACACUCAUCUUCGCGGGCGCCAACACAGUAGCCGACACGCUGCUCAUGGGCCACUGGCACGCAAUGCAGAACCAAACCCUGCUAACCCAACUGAGAACUGAGCUCCUGACCGUCUGGCCAGAUGUCGAAAAGCAGCCAUCCCUAACAGAUCUCGAGAACCUACCCCUCCUCACGGCAACGAUCAAAGAAUCCCUCCGGUUUAUUCCGUCCGGCGUAUCGCUAACACGCGUUGUUCCCCCAGGAGGCGCAGUGAUAUCAGGGAAGCAUAUCCCCGGCGGUACGGUAGUCGGAAUGGCUAUUUUGCACGUGCAUCAGAGCGCAGAAGUGUGGGGUACGGAUGCGCUUGUAUUCCGACCGGAACGUUGGCUGCAGAGCGUGGAGCAAGAAAAUGCCCGGAACGGGAAGAGUGAAUUGGAUCACUGGCUCGUUCCGUUCAGUCGGGGGCCGCGCAUGUGCUUUGGUAUGAACUUGGCCUGGGCGGAGAUGUACAUCGCUUUUGCCACUAUGAUAAGGCACUUUGACUUGACUAUUGACGGCACGACGGAAGAGGAUAUGCAAUGGCGGGAGUGCAUUGCGGCGUACUAUCCUAAUAGACACUUGCAUGCGUGGUGUCGCCCGGUUAGGUCUGGGAAGAUGAAGUAA